AUGGAUCCCUCAUCGUCGCAACCCGGUGGGUACGCCCCUCGGUAUGAUGCACCGGAGAACAGACAGCCUGGUGCUGGCUCGGCUCUCCCUAUAUCUCAUCCCUAUCCUCCUUCCUAUCGCCCUCAAACCUCGGACCCACCGUCCCAAUCUUACGCAUACGACCAGAACCGGCGCCCACAUCAGGCGGUACAUCAUCCAUCGUACUCGGAAUCCCAAAACCCCUAUGAUCCCCGGCGGACAGCUCCGGGACCAAGGAUAGACGUGACAGCUCCUGUUGAAGGAGAAGAGAGGAGUAAGGAGGAGGGUACACCGCCCGGACCGGCGGCAAGGGGACCGAAGAUAGGGAAGGGUCAAUACGCGGAUGCCAAUGUUUGGACCAAGGAGGAUGAAGAGGCGGAAGCGGCAUUUGCCAAGGAGGGGAUGUUUGACUGGAAGCAGUUGAAGCGGUGGAGGUGGUGGCUGAGGGCGCAGUGGUGGUACUGGUAUCUCUUGAUUAUUGUCAUCGGCGUUCUGGUCGGACUUAUGACGCUGUACAACGAUCAGAUUGUGGCAUGGCUCACGCCAUGGGCGCAAAAAGCGCGUGAACUUCCUGCAGGAUUCACUAUACCUAUUGCGGCUCUCGUCAUACUGUCAUUCCCGCCGCUGUUUGGGGCGGAGCUGGUAUUGUUGAUAGCAGGUGCUGUCUGGGGGCUGUGGUGGGGGUUUAUGAUUGCUUCGAUCGGAACGGUCGUCGGCGAAUUGGCCAAUUACGUGGCGUUCAAGUACUGCCUGCGCGGUAGAGCCGAAAAGAUGGAAGAGACCAGCCCGUCCUAUGCGUCAUUGGCGUAUAUCGUGAGGAACGGCGGGAUGUGGCUCGCUUGUGUGAUCCGCUUCUCCGCCGUCCCCGGUCACUUUUCGACAGCUGUAUUUGCGACGUGCGGGAUGAGCAUCUUUGUGUUUACGAUAUCUACUAUUCUGACUCUGCCCAAACAGCUCAUCAUUGUUUACCUCGGAUCGACAGUGACGAAUGGCGGAGAAAAGAGCAAUAAGGAGAGGGCGAUCAAGUGGUCCAUUCUAGCUGUGGGACUGGUUCUCACUGUUUGGUCGGCGUGGUAUAUCUGGCGGAAGAUGAACCGAGCUCGGAUCGUGAUUUGGCGUAAAGAGCGACUCGUUCGGAGAGCCGCAGCGGCGGAGGGCUUGGCUGUCGAUGGUGCCCAAGUCAACCGCCGGAUCAGCUACAAGGCCAUGCUCGCCGAGUCGUCGGACGAUAUCGAGGCGCUCAGCCCGAUGCUCGCUCGGGACCCCACAGCUCACGGGCCAAUGCGACAGGCAUACAAUACGCCCUACGAGCUACAG